AUAUAUUUUCGUUCGAUGUUGCAAGAGCCUGACAUAAUGGGGGAAGAAGCUACUUCAGGAGGUGAAUUUGAGAUUGAAAGAAUGUCAAAUUGCAUAAUUGAAGCUAGUUCAAAAGACUUGGUUCCAAUUAUUGACUAUAUUCAGACUCCAAUGUUACACGAUACAAGGAUUUCUUCUAACGAUAUCAAGAAAGAUGAAGAAGUCGUUGCGGCCAUCUGA